GUAAUUAUAUGAAGGGAAUUUCUUGCACUCUCGUAUAAGCAUUCGGUACAACGAAAUCACCUGCGUUCUGCUGGAAGACGCCAUUUUGGAACACGACUGGGUUAUUCAGGACCCUAGCAAUGGAUUUGGCGAUCGUGGGGAUGCUGGAAGACCCGUGUCUGGGACCCUGACCGAAAUCUGCACCUCGGACCCCUCCACCCUUCGGAGGAAGCCGGUCCUUUCCCCUUUCCCGGCCUGUCCGCUCUGGAGCGGACAACCUUCCAGCUUGGAGACCUUCAAUUUCCAUGAGAGACAGGCUGGGUCAUGAAGUCAUCAAAAGAUUGAUGGCCCAGUUGUCAUGGCGCUGUUCUUUCAUGCCCGCCCCCUGUCACCUCUACUGGACCCUGCAGCCCUGUCCUGGGUUAGCAAGGGGGUGACCAUGAGGGGCUUGCCUGCAAUGAGACUCCUCCCCCACAGAGGGGUGGAAACGGAGGCCCCUGCCCCCCACCUGAACGCUCAGGACAGCGUCGAAGUUCUGGGGCGCUCGUACCCGCGGGACGACCACACCAACGUCACGGCCAAGAUCCUGUCCAAAGUGGGCCGCAACCUGCACAGCCGGGCCCACCACCCGCUGUGGCUGAUCAAGGAGCGGGUGAAGGCACACUUCUACCGGGCCUACACGGGUCGUCGCGGAAACCCCAUCUUCUCCGUCUUCGACAACCUGAGCCCGGUGGUGACCGUGGAGCAGAACUUCGACAGCCUCCUCAUCCCCCCCGACCACCCCAGCAGGAAGAAGGGGGACAACUACUUCCUGAACCGGGGUCACAUGCUCCGCGCACACACCUCCGCCCACCAGCGAGACCUGGUGCGCUCCGGCCUGGACAGCUUCCUGUUAGCGGGCGACGUGUACCGCCGCGACGAGAUAGACGCCAGCCACUACCCCGUCUUCCACCAGAUGGAGGGCGUGCGCCUCUUCUCCGAACACCAGCUGUUUGCGGACGCGGAACGUCCCGGGCAGCUGUCCCUGUUCGAGGAGGACGGCCAGCGCUCCCCGCAGAAGCAGGAGACGCAUUCGCUCCACGCGGUCCGGCUGGUGGAGUCCGACCUCAAACGCUGCCUCACCCGCCUCAUCAGACACCUCUUUGGAGAAGAUCUGGAGAUCCGUUGGGUGGAGUGCUACUUCCCCUUUACCCAUCCAUCCUUUGAGAUGGAGGUGCGUUUCCAGGGUGACUGGCUGGAGGUGCUGGGAUGUGGGGUGAUGGAACAGCAGCUGCUCAACUCAGCUGGGGCCGAACACAAGGUGGGCUGGGCGUUCGGGUUGGGCCUGGAGCGGCUGGCCAUGGUGCUGUACGGGAUCCCCGACAUCCGCCUCUUCUGGAGUGAGGACGAGCGCUUCCUCGGACAGUUUCAUCUGCCCCACAUCGACCAGGCCGUCACCUUCCAGCCUUUGAGCAAAUACCCCCCCUUGCUGAACGACAUUUCCUUCUGGCUGCCAGCACAGGGCUACAGUGAGAACGACUUCUAUGACCUUGUGAGAAGUAUCGGAGGUGACCUGGUGGAGAAGGUUUCCCUUGUCGACCAGUUCACGAACCCAAAAAAUAAGAAAGUCAGCCACUGCUACCGCAUCGCUUACCGUCACAUGGAGAGGACGCUAAGCCAGGAGGAAGUGCGCGUGGUCCACCGGGCCAUCGAGAGGGCGGCCGAACAGGACCUGGGGGUGCGGGGCAGGUACUGAGCCUGGCACGGAUCCCGCCUGCUCCGCCAUUCUGCUGCGCGAAGCGUCAGAGCCUUCAGUCACCCGCUCUGCCACACCCCCCAAUGACCCGGUCUGUUUCCCUGAUGCAAUGGCUGCCCUGAAUGGCGUAGCCGCUCCGAGACCGCCCUGCGAGGGCGACACGGGUGAUUUAAGGCUGAAGUCAGGCACCGGCUCUCGGCCACCAUGGGAGAGAGAGACAGGUAAAUAAAGCAUGAAACCGGCCCACCAUCUGUUUGUGUGUGAUUUCCCACACACAGUAUUUUUCUGGAGCUCUUGAUUUACUGACCAGAUCAGCUCUGAUGUUGGAUGAGAAACUCCACCGACUAAGGUUAUCUUUGUGGAAAGUGAAGGACAAAUAAAUGCAUUUAUCAGUGAUAAAA